CACACACACACACACACACAGCACCUGAUUAUAAUGACUGACAACCCAAAAAGCCCCUACAUUCCCCCCCCGACAUGCGAACCUGCCGUUCCGAUCGUAAUUCGACAUGGUUUGAGGAGAUCCACAUCAUGAGGGUACAGUGCGGUGUGCUGACACUGCUCAGUCUGGUGUGUGGCGCCGAGGCGUCCAGGUGUUCGCCGACCUCUUAUUAUAAGAACUGCUGGAUCCGCCGCUUCCCGGGUGUCUUUAUCGACGUGGAGGAGUCCCAGAGGCGAGGCGCGCAGCUGCUGCAGAACUACCAGGAGGACUCCGCUCUCAAGUGCAGCCGCACCUGCUGCCUCACCAGGAACUUUUCCUGCAAUCUGGCAAUAUUUCAGUAUGACACCGUUCAAGAGAACGCAAACUGUUACCACCUGCACUGCCCGACACUGGAAAGCUGCAUACUUACCCAUAGAGGCAACGUGGUGCUCUACAACAUCACCAAGGGUGUUGACCCUGACCUGUUGGUAUUUGGGAAAUAUUUCACCUCAAAUGUGCGUGUUUUACCGCACCUCUACACACGAAUCAACGCCUCGGAGCCGCUAGCCUCGGACAAGCGGCAGUUUAACCGCCCCCCCCGUCAACCGUCCAAGCCUGUGACCCCCGCCAUGCCUGUGAACCCCGACUCGAGCAGAAGAACAGGCACUGCUUCAACAAGAACCGCUACAACAAGAACCAUGGGCACCAGCAGUGCAAACACACCUCGGAGCUCCAUUCAACCAACAACCUCUCAAACCACUUUGCCGUCCCCCACAGACCUGUCCCCCCUUGGGAGUAGGCCUACCACGGACCCCGCCGCUGACAGUCCCCAGACCCAGGCGCACCAGACAGUCCCAGGCACCCCUGUCGCCCCACUGACAGCCACCAUAAUAAAAACGACAACAACAACAACAAGACAUAUCUUUUUGGACCAAACUUCUCCACAAACUGAUUAUAAAGAGCUUAUUGCAGAAAGCCCUCGGGUCAGCAGCAGCUCCACUAAGCAAGACACCACACGGUCCAUACCAUACCCGUCCCUCCCGACCCCACCAUCUUCCCAACGCGGAACAGACACACCGGCAGCCGUGUCCGAUUCAUCACAAGCUACCUCCAUGACUUCCGCCGCUACACCCUCGGCUGCUCCCCUGGCUAACGCGGAGAGCGGCAACCAGUACGCCGCGGAGAACGAAACGAUAGGAGGCCCCGUCGGCCGGAACCUAACGGCGGUGGGGAACGGCGAGGGGGGUCCGUGGACGAACGGAGCUGAGGGCGACGGUGAGGGGACGGAGUGGCACGUUGCGGCUCACACCCUGCUGGUGAUGGGGGCCACGUGCGUGACGGUGCUGCUCAGCUGUUGCUGCACCGUGUUGGCGGUGGUCAGCUGGCGGGGCCGUCGGAAGAGGAAGGGACGCUACCGGACCACCUGGAGGGGGAAAGGGGAGUCCAUGCGUCUGAUUAAGUACGUGCUCAUCAGAGAGGGUUCUUGAGCGCGGUUGAGAGGAAAGAAAAACGAAAAAGCCCCACCCCCCCCCCCAAAAAAAAGAUGACAGAUAUUGGGACUGGAAGUUCAUGUUUUUCGUUUCGUUCAUGACCGUGUCUUAAAAUGUACAUUUAAAGAAUGUAAAAUGGAAUGUUAUGUAAAUCGUCUAGGUUAUUGCUUAUUAAUGUGAAUGUUGCACACAUUUAAUAGGCCAUUUAUAUUUCCCCCCCAAAACUAACAGUUAUCCUAUACCGCAUCACUAUUUAAGAGAACCCUAAAAGCACUUCUGGGCACAGGGACACAAACACAAGUAGAGGCCUUAGAGUUAAUGAAAAACAGAUUUAUUAGAGUUGACGUUCUGAACACAUUAAGCCCACAAUUACAGCAUACGUAUCUGGUUUCACUUGUGAACCAACGGCUCGUGACAGGACACAAAAAGCAGGCGCUUCACCACAGCGCCUCGGCAUAAAAUGGGCGGCGAUAGAUGAUACACACGAAGACGUUCCGUUCUGGCCGAGCUACAUUUCAAUACACUUCAAAAGAGUGAGAGAGGAUGUUUACGCCAAACCUUGUGGAGCGUGCCCUACACUUAAGUGCAGUGAUGGGCGCUCCCAAGCAAGAAAUGCGAUGGAAGGCGAUCCAAGGGUUGUCGCGCGCGUUUGGAGAAGCUCUCCGGGCUUUUAAAAAGUAGGUGUCGAGUGAUGGUGUGGUGUGGUGGGUCGCAGUUUGCCGUCCAGCACAUUCGGGGUUUUUAAAUGUCCUGGAAAUCGCACGGACCGCAGAGCAAAGCUGUUUCAAGAAGGAGAGAGGGGAGGUAGUGGGGAGACAAGGGGAUGGGGGGGGCUGGAUAUUUAGCAGAACUGUCACUGAAUGAUUUCCCUCUCUUGGAUGCGGUCGCGGUCUCUCUCUCUCUCUCUCUCUCUCUCUCUCUCUCUCUCUCUCUCUCUCUCUCUCUCUCUCUCUCUCUCUC